AUGUCUUUACGCGGGGCCGGUGUGAUUAAUCGAUGGAAGGAGAGGCAUCGAUCCAUUUCUGGCAUCUCUUCAGCAACGACAGCAAACUCGAACUCAAAAUCUCCAGUUUUGAGACCUUCAACUUCGUACGCCGCUUCCGCUGCCCCCUCUGUUGCCGCCUCCGCUGCACCAUCGGCGCCCCCCAACCGCAAUUUUGAAAAGAUUGUGGAAGAUGCCGUCCUGAACGCGUUCAACAGCGAUGUCUUCAAGGCCGUGGUCGCCUCUCAAAUUGAACCCCAUUUGACCCAGCAACAUGAGAAUAUCGACCGGUUGAAGACGUCUAACUUAAAUCUCGAGUCAAAUGUUCAAACCCAACUUGAGAACAUCCCCCGUAUGUUACAGCCGGCUUUGGAUCACCUGACCAACCUCGAGAUCCCAAAUUAUGAGAAUGUACUGAAAGAGCUUUUGGCUGGACAAAAAGCUCUUGCUGAUUCUAUUGCGGCAUUUGAUGGUCGGCUAAGCACUGUUGAAACCCAGGUUCGGGAAUUCGACGGACGGGUCAAAGCCCUUCAGGAGGAAGUCGUGAAUGCUGACCUCAGAUCUGCCAUCCGUUUCGGUGAGAUCUCGAACGAGCUACAGGAUCGCAACUCCACCCUUGGUGAUCGUUUUUGGAACUUUGAGAGAGAGUUGGGCCGAAAAAUCGAAGGGCAACAGAGACGAGUCGUAGGUGCCUGCGAGGAAAUACGAAAAGCAAUUGUUGUCACCCAAGACAAGAUUUCUUCAUUGGAGACCCUGCAUAUUGGAUUUGAGGACAAGUUGACUUCUGACGGAGAACGUUCUGAAAAUCUGUCCAAGAAGAUUGACCUUGUCAGCAAAGCAAUCUCAAAAUUGGACUCGGCGGAGGUUGUCAUUCAGCAAGACAUCAAGACAAUUCACGAGACAGUUUCGGCACUAGACUUGUCGCCCCUUGGUCAUAUUCCACGACGAUUAGAUGGAAUGGACCGAGCUAUCUCAGAUAUCAAAAGAAGCAUCGAAACUCAAGCAGCAAUAGCGUCAUUGGAUGCAAAGAUCGCUUCCGGCAACAAUGCAAGAAUAGAUAAUCUUGCAUCGAGUGUUGGCAAGAUGGGGAAAUUGAUAGAGGACGUCCACGAGCACGUUUGUGACGACUCGGAAUUCGACCUUACAACUGAAAAGUUGGAAUCCAUCGAAUCAAAGAUUGUUUCACUGGACGAUGCUCUCGAGAACGUCCGAAAGAAUAUCAAGACAAUGGAUACAUCCGCACUGGAUUCAAUAAAAGCGAACGUUUCAGCCCUGCAGUCAUCAGUCGACACUGGAUUCUCAUCUGAGAAGAAUAGCCUCGAAAUGAUCCACAAUCAUCUGUCCCUUUUACCGGAUUCUUCCAAGAUCGAUUCGAUUGUUUCCGCGAUGGAGAGCAACCAGACUGCCACGAUAGAGAAGAUUGAUGGGCUUGAAAACAGCCUCGAAGUACUCUCUGAAAUCGCUGCCUCGACAAGUGAAGCUAUUUCUUCGCAUUCCGUUGCUCUUGAUUCUGCCCAUGGCGCCAUCGUGUCACUACACCGUGAGACAACGAGCCAUUUCGAGCCCCUCAGUUCCAGCAUAGCUGCUGUUAGCCAGCAAGUCGGUUCUGGAAAUGAUGCUAUCACAGGUCUAGGAUGCAAAUUUGGGGACCUUUUGUCGCAGUAUGAAGCUCAUAUCACAAACCUAGCAGAUAUCAGCAGUCGAGUAGGGUCUGAAAACGAUCUACUUAGGUCUCUAGGAUCGCAAGUUGACCUGGUCAUCACAAAAUCUGAUGUACACCACGCCCUCUUGUCAGAAUUAAAGGAAAAUGACAAGAGUGUGGAGAUAAUUGCCAUCUUGGAGAACGGAAAGCAGUCGCAAAUUGAUCAUUUUAGUAUACUGGGGCAAGACCUUGACGCAACCAAAAAAUACCUCGAAAAUGCGCAGGAGAGCACAUUGUCCGAAAUGCGAACGCAAACUAGUAUUAUUACAUCAACCUUGGGGAACUCCAAUAAAUCCCGCCAGCAGCAUACGACUUCGAAUACCGAGGCAAAAGCCUUCCAAGAAGAACGAUUCAAGAUCCUCGACGAACAGUUUUCAGCCUUGAACGCGGCAGUCGCCAAAUCGCACACUGCCAUUGCCAGCAUCCAGGGGACCGUAGGUCCUAUCCUCCCAGGGUUGGAGGCUUUGAAGGCUUCUUAUUAUGGAUAUGCAACAUCCCUGUCCGAAAUUCUGGAUCUUAACAAGCUGCAUUCAACUUCCUUAUCAGACAUUCAUAGCAGUUCCGGUGAAAUAGUUCGAGGGCUGGAAAAGUCGCAUCUCGCUGCCGCAAACGUAUCGUCGACAUUGGGCGACUUCGCGGAGGCGAUUGCCCGCAAAGACGACAUUGGGGACCUGCAUGCCAUGUUAAGUACCAUUCUUGAGGGGUUGGACAAACAUGCCGGCAGUUUGAGUCAGCUCAGCACCUCUGCUUCGAUUGCAGAGUUAAAGGGUGAUAUUUCUAGUGCUCAUGAUUCUCGCAGAGACGACUCGGCGAAUACCCAUAGCAUUUUAAGCGCUGUUCUUGAAGCAACCAACAAGCACGCCAACGUAUUACAACGGCUUAGCACUGCUGAGGCUGUUCAAGAGUUGAAAGGCGAGGUUUCCGCUUCUCACGAUUUGCUUACCACUCAUUCCACCACUCUAUCCCGCGUAAAGGAUGCAGUCACCGACACGGCGAUUUUGGAUAUGGCAAAGAAUACCAAUACAUCUGUCAACGGCGUUACAGAUCGUAUCAAUACUCUCGACAAGGAGCUCAAGGCUAGCUUAAGUGUCGUCAAGUCUUUAGGGGAGGCGAACACAACCUCAAUUCAAGAGGUGCGUUCCACUCUCGAAACUUCAGACAUUGCUCACACAAUCAAAGCGAUUCUCGAUGGUACUCUAUCUAAUAAACAUCAAAUACUCGAGGAAGCUCAAGCGAUCAAAACUGCCGUCUCGGAAUUCCGAUCAUCGUCCCGAGAGAAGGAUAUUUUGAGUGAAAUUUCGAGUGUUAGGGACAUGGUUCAAAAAGUACCAGAGGAAUGCAAGACCGAGAAUAUACUCCAUCAAAUCAAAACCGCAGUCGACUUGAGUGAUAAAAACUGUGCCAGUCUCGUUGUUGUUCUUGAAUCUCUCAAAACCAUCAGCGACAACUCGUCAUUUGCUAAAAUUUUGGCUAACGUAGGAAUUCUAACAUCAUUGGUGGAGGACUUGCGAGCUACACAACAGGACUCGCAGAUUUCGGAGCUCGUUGAAUCUCUCAAUGGGACUGUGAGCCAACACACAUGUUCGAUACAAGAUAUCCACGACAAUGUUCGACACGUCAUGGACGACACGAGCUCUAUCAAACAAAUUAAGGAUACCAUUCUUGAUGUUCGCAGGCACACAACUGCGAUUCCUAAUGUUCAGGACGAAAUCCGGAAGGCCAGAGAAGAACUUUCUACCUCUUCUUCCCAUGCGUUAAAUGAUCUCAAUUCCGUCAAGCAAAACGGCACUCAACAAGGAGCAGCACUUGCUCGCACGUACGAUGCAUUACUUGCCCUCGACACCAAGGUCAAAGCUAGUGAAGACUUCGUCUACGCCGCUGUUCAGAAAUUGCACUCGACCAUGGAGCGAGAAUUGGCUGACAAUAGAUCAAGCAUUGCUACCUCAGUAGAUGACGUGGCGUCUGAUCUCAAGAUUGACCUACAUACUCUCGGGUCCAGGCUCGCAACUUCCACAAAUGUUUUGGGAUCAGACCUGAAAUCGAUUGAUCUCGGUCCAAUGCAAACUAUUGUGAACCAAUUGAAGGAGGAUGUGCAUUCGAUUCGUGAAUUAACUGCUGGAACUGCAGAAAAUGUUGCUGCUAUCCCUGUAUCAUUCGCAACGACAAAUGCCCUUUUGACCUCGGAAACCACCAAAACGUGCGAGUCCGUUGCAGAUUUGACGAGGUUGGUAAAGUCACAUGGCGAUCUGCAACGGGGUAAUAGUAAGGCAAUCGAGGAGAAGAUCGAGCAUAAUACCGUUACACUGUCCAGCAUCGACAAAGCGACCUCUGAAAUGAGGGAUGGCGUUAGCAGCAUUGUCAAGGAGCAACUCCCCAAGAUCAGCGAUGAUAUUCGAGCUAUUGAUCUCAACAAGCUAUCCUCGGAUACUGCUGAGACUGCCAAAGUUCUGACUGACAUAGGCCAUACCGUUAAAAGACUCACCAAUACUACCGAAGUCCUCGUCACCGAGCUAUCCGAUACGAAGGAGCAUGUUACCAAGACAAGUGGGCAAAUUUUGUCACAACUUACUACAGAAACUGCUAAAGUCAUCGAUAUCACUCGUGAGGUGGAAUUGUCCGCUCAGUCAAGAAGUCUAGAAAUGAAUACGGCUGUCAAGGAAAACGCAACCAUGCUUUCCCAUAUCUCCAAGACCGUGGGUGAAACGCCGUCAAAGGUUGAAGCCUCACUGAGCAGGGAAACCGCCCUUCUCGCAGAGGCCAUCCGAGCAGUCGGUGAUGAAUUGUCCAGAGAAGCUACCCGCAACAGUAAAACAGCAAAUGCCAAUUCAACUGCUCUAUCAACGAUUACUGCCGAAAUCUCGAACCUCAGCUCAUCCACCGAAUCAAAGAUUUCCACCCUUCACACCGACCUUACAACAACCCACCUACCAGAAUUGUUGUCUGAAAUAGGCGCAACCAGAACAGCACUUGAAAGCAGCAAUUCAUUCUCCUUCCAGGCGCUUUCUGCUGACCUCAAGUCUGUCAUAUCCGCUAUUUCCACCACCAGCACGGCUGUACGUGUAAAUUCUGCCGCCAUUUCGCGAGUUGAUAAAGCAGUCCUUGAGACUGGUGCUCACGUCAAGGGGGUCAUCUACGAAGGUAAUCGCCAAAUCAGCAGCGAAAUCGAGUCCGCUCUCUCUCAACUCGACGAAUCCAUUCACGAUAACGGAACACGUAUCAGAGGCAUUUCUGAAUACGAUAUUCCACGCAUGGAAACCGAGAUCCAAACUCUCGAUCAAAGCGUUGAGCGUCUCAUUGAAACGAGCAACCGAAUCGGCGAGAAACAUAAAGAUGCGCUUAUGGUCAUAGGUGGGCGUAUCAUCGGGACGAGUAAGAAGUUUGGCGAGAUGGUGGAUGCGGCUCAGAAGGGAGAGCUUGAUAAUGGACAUGGACACGGACACGGACAUUCAUAUGGAUCGCAUAAAAAUGCACAUGCACCCGACAAUGGUCAGAGUCCGCAGUCGACGAGAGGAAGUCGUAUUUUGGGGACCGCGAAGGCUGAGACGGGUGGAAGCGGGCGGUUCAGGAGACCCAGUAAUGCUAGUACCCGAGACAGUUCGAAGGAUUCGAGAGUUAUGGGUUUCCAUUCUUCCCAGGACGGGAAGUGA